AGACUCGAAGUCCUGUUCAUGAGCAUAGGGACCGGCAGGGACAGGCAAUAUCAGUAGUGGAACGCAGCUGACCAGGUCAGCACACUCCUCAACACACUGCACUUCAGUUCAGCAGGACUUUGCGGUCCGACGCUCCCGCAAUUUCGACUUUAAAAACGUCUAGCAAGCAAAAGAUGCCCGUUUCACCGCUAUGUACAUCUUGGCUCUGUGCGCAGUCAUCCUUUUGUACCGAAUCAGCACCACGCACGCUCUCAUCAACCCAAUCCUUCCAGGAUGGAACCCCGAUCCGAGCAUAUUACGAGUUGGAGACGACUAUUUCAUUGCUACGUCGUCAUUCGAAUAUUUUCCUGGUGUUCCGAUAUACCAUAGCAAGGAUUUGGUUAGUUGGGAGCUUGUAGGCCAUGGGCUGAAUCGGCCUUCGCAGUUAGGCUUGUACGGGACGCCCUCGGAUGCAGGUGUAUGGGCUCCUGCGCUACGCUACCAUGGCGGAGUGUUCUACCUUGCGACGACUACGAGAUACGUUUAUUCGCCUGAAUUACGACUAUUCCCUCGUUCGUUUUACGUGACCACGACAGACAUAUUUUCGAACAAAUGGAGUGAUCCAACCUACAUCGAUGGACUUGGUUACGACCUCGACCUUUUCUUUGAUCCUAGCGGAGACGUCUAUGCCUCUUGGGCUGGUAUUAACAACGCUAAAGACAAGAUAUAUGGAAUUUACCAGUCAAAGAUUGAUGUGAAAACGGGCAACUCGCUCGGACCAUCUAACCUUAUUUUCACUGGCACACUUCCCGAUAACGCCAGUGCACGUCCAGAGGGACCCCAUGUGUACUUCAUCAAUGGAACUUACUAUUUGAUGAUUGCGGAGGGCGGUACGGACAUCCACCAUCGUGUAACGAUACAAAGAGGCCCCGCUCCAUCCGGUCCUUGGGAGAACAACCCGGCAAAUCCUGUCUUGUUUAACGGAGCAGACCUAAAGAACGAAGUCCAGUGGACAGGCCAUGCUGACCUCCUGCAAGAUUCCAACGGAUCGUGGUGGGGGUCGGCACUGGGCGUCGUACCUCAACAAGGAAACUUGAGUCAUAUUCAGCUGGGCCGUCAAACGUUCCUUUUCCCUGUAAUUUGGGAGUCUGGCUGGCCCGUGUUCAACGAUGGCAAGCCCUUGACUCUCCAUCUCGAGGGGGUACUAGAAGACAAACAAGCGGUCCGGGAAUACUCUCUCGAGUUUGCACUCAAUACCACUCAAACCACAAAAACAUCCCUCAAAUCCCUCGACCCAAUGGGCUCGCCAGUCCUCGACGACACCUUCUACACCCUUCGCACCCCACAAAAACCUUUCUAUUCGCUUACUGCUCGUCAAGGUUUCCUCAGAUUGUACGGAAACGCGUACAAAGUUGGCGAUCGAGAUACGCCGGCAUUGCUAUUGAGGAAACAAGGGGGUUACAAAGAGACGUUUGAGGUUAUCCUGGGCCAGUAUACCCCACGAGCUGGUAGUCCAGGCGGUGGAGUAGGAACAGAAAACGGAGGUCGGGAGGAAGCAGGAAUCACGAUCUUGUAUUCUGAUUUCUUGCACGAUGAUAUUGGUGUUACUGCUGCGAAUGGGACGGAAGGGAGGGUAGUGGUGACCAGAACUAUUGUUCAGGCGGAACAGAUUGGACCUUGGGCGUUGGGUUCGGAAAAUAAUACGGUUAUUACUGAAACAAUAUAUCCGCUCCGGACCACCUCAGGACCUGUAAAGUUGACCAUCAAAAGCGAUGGGCUGCAGUACCAGUUAGGAUUUGCAGAGCCCGAGGGUGCUGAAGGGGCGGAGUCGGACGCGUUUGGACAAACGACAUGGACGGGAAUAGUGGAUGCUGCAGCACUCUCCCUUCCUGUUGCUGGCGGGUUCUUCUUUAAAGGUGUCGCUUUCGGCGCGUACAACACUGGAGGGGGCCGUGCGUCACUCACACCUGCGGAUUUCGUGUAUUGGAAGCAGACUCCGGAGGAUGGUUGA